AUGGAGCAGCAAUGGCUGUUUCAGUUUCUUUGUGGAUCUCAGUUCUUAUGUUGGCCAUGUGUAUGCUUUAUGCCAAAAAGAUUUAAGCAAACCUGGGAAGGAUUUUCUUGGGAGUCAUUCCAUUAUGUUCUUAUAACCUUGAAGCUGGCCCUUCCCUCUGCAGCGAUGGUGUGGAGUCUCAAACCUAUGAUUCUUUCUACUUACUAG